AUGGAGGCGCUGCCCCGCGGCGCCGGCCUCGCGGCCCUGCUCCUGAGCGCCGCGGCGGCGCGCGCCCUGCGCGCCCUCCUGGAGCACUGCUGGCACUGGUGGGUGAUGAAGCCCAUCCCGGGCGUGAGCCCCUGCUUCCCGCUGCUGGGCAACGCUCUGCUCCUCGAGCGCAACGGGGAAGGUUUUUUUAAACAAGUGCAACAGUAUUCUGAAGAAUUCAGGAAAUUACCGCUAUUAAAACUUUGGGUAGGACCGUUACCCCUACUGGUCCUGUAUGACCCUGACAGUGUGGAGGUCAUUCUGAGCAGUUCGAGGCACAUAGAAAAAUCCUACAUGUACAGAUUCCUACAGCCAUGGUUGGGCACUGGACUGCUGACGAGCACUGGAGACAAGUGGCGGACACGGCGGAAGAUGAUAACUCCCACGUUCCACUUUGCAAUCUUAAAUGACUUCCUGGAAGUUAUGAAUGAACAAGGGAGUAUUUUGGUGGAGAAACUUGAGAAGCACGUUGACAAGGAGCCGUUUGAUGUCUUCAUUGAUGUCACUCUGUGUGCUCUCGAUAUAAUCUGUGAAACUGCGAUGGGCAGGAAUGUGGGUGCUCAGGAGAACAAGGACUCGGAAUAUGUCCGUGCUCUUUACAGGAUGAGUGACCUAAUCCAGCAGCGACAGACGAGCCCUUGGCUUUGGCCUGAUUGGUUAUAUAUGCUGUUCAAAGAAGGAAGAGAGCACAAGAGGAAUCUCAAGAUCCUUCACAAUUUUACAGAUACAGUCAUUGCAGAAAAAGCUGCAGAACUUGAAAACCCCAAGCAAGGGAAAUGGGAUGCUGAUGGCAACUGUGAAGGAAGUGGCCCCCAAAAGAGGAAAGCUUUCCUGGAUAUGCUCCUGAGUGCAACAGAUGAAGAAGGGAACAAACUGAACUACAGAGACAUUCGGGAGGAAGUGGAUACUUUCAUGUUUGAGGGCCACGAUACAACGGCAACAGGAAUGAACAGGGCGCUGUACUUACUGGGACAUCAUCCUGAAGUCCAGAGGAAGGUUCACAGAGAACUGGACGAGGUGUUUGGUAAGAGCGAGCGUCCGGUCACGAUGGACGAUCUGAAGAAGCUCCGGUACCUGGAGUCCGUGGUGAAGGAAGCCCUUCGGCUCUUCCCGCCGGUUCCGCUCUUUGCCCGCAGCUUGCGGGAGGACUGUUAUAUCAAAGGCUACCAGGUACCGAAAGGCACCAACGUAGUUGUUGUAACGUACGCGCUGCACAGACACCCGGAGAUCUUCCCCGACCCUGAGGAAUUCAGGCCCGAGCGGUUCUUCCCCGAGAGCUGCAAGGGGAGGCACCCGUACGUGUACGUGCCCUUCUCGGCUGGACCCAGGAACUGCAUCGGUCAGCGCUUUGCCCAAAUGGAGGAGAAAGCCCUCCUGGCCCUCAUCCUGCGGCGCUUCUGGGUGGAAUGCUGUCAAAAGCCAGAAGAGCUUGGACUGACCGGGGAACUCAUCCUUCGGCCGAACAACGGCAUCUGGAUCCAGCUGAAGAGGAGACCAAAUUUCCAAUCCUAA